AUGGCCAGCCAGACACAGGGAAUCCAGCAGCUGCUGCAAGCUGAGAAGAGGGCUGCCGAAAAGGUGGCAGAGGCUCGGAAAAGUGAGAGGGGGCUUCUGUUUCAUUGGGGGGGGGGGGAGAUGGGGGGGUUGAGGAGGACCAGAAUGCCUGAGUUCCCUGAUAAAGGAUUGCUGUGCAGUCAUCACAGAGGGGAAUGAACUAGAAUUUGGGGGGGGGGGGGAGCUGAGUGCCCUUUGGAUCCAUUCCCCAGUUUCCUUCUCUUUCCCGGGGCAAGCGCAACCCUAAAAAAACAGGCCUGGAGAGGCAGGUAAUGUUAUUUCCACCUGACCUUCAAUGUCUGUCUCGCCACCUCCAUCACAGGGAAAGCCCGGAGGCUGAAGCAGGCCAAGGAAGAAGCCCAAGCUGAAAUCGAGCAAUACCGCUUGGAGCGUGAGAAAGAGUUCCAGCAGAAGCAGCAGGCGGUAAGAUUUCUUGAGGGUUUUUUUUUAUGGGUGGGGGGAAUUGAGAAUGGAGGAUGAGUCACGGGAGGAAGAGGCAGACGGGAACAGCAGCGUCGGAGGGGUGGGGAAGCGAUUCCAAAUGGUAUAGGGUAACCUUUGUGAUUCCCCUCCCACUUAAAAUUGGGAAUUUGGGGAUCAGGCAAGGGUUAUUUGUAGGAAAGGGAAGAAUUCAGGGCAGCCCCUGUUCUAAGGUGGUACAGAGGAUAUGGGGCAGGUUUGAAGGAGGCAGGAUGAGCUGUUUACCUUCUAAGAGGCCACAGCACAGGCAAAAUGGAUGGCUGUGGGAGAGGGAAGAGAAUGGUUUACUACUUGUGCUAGAUGUAGCUCAGUGACAGAGCAUUGGAUCUGCAUGCAGAAGGUGCCCGGUUCAUUUCGUGUCAUCUCCAGGUAGGAGAUGCCCCAAAUCCUAGACAGCCUCUGUCAGCCUGUGUGGAUGAUACAGAGCUUAAUGGACCAAGGGUGUAAGGCAGCUCCCUAUGUAAAAGAGGAUUGGGUAGCCCGUUUAGGGUCGUUUUCCAGACCUCCUUAUGGCAGAGAUGGAUUAGGGCAGGGAUGGAUUAGGAUGGGAUGUGGGUGGCGCUGUGGGUUAAACCACAGAGCCUAGGACUUGCUGAUCAGAAGGCCGGCGGUUCGAAUCCCCGCGACUGGGUGAGCUCCCGUUGCUGGGUCCCUGCUCCUGCCAACCUAGCAGUUUGAAAGCACAUCAAGUGCAAGUAGAUAAAUAGGUACCGCUCUGGCGGGAAGGUAAACGGCGUUUCCGUGCGCUGCUCUGGUUCGCCAGAAGCAGCUUAGUCAUGCUGGCCACAUGACCCGGAAGCUGUACACUGGCUCCCUCGGCCAAUAAAGUGAGAUGAGCGCUGCAACCCCAGAGUCGGUCACGACUGGACCUAAUGGUAAGGGGUCCCUUUACCUUUACCUAUAGCCAUGUGAUCCCUUCCCAAUGUUGCUAGAGCAUGGUUUAGACCAUGCCGGUGGCGCUGUGGUAUAAACCACUGAGCCUCUUGGGCUUGCAGUUCAGAAGGUUGGCAGUUCAAAUCCCCACAGUGGAGUGAGCUCCCGUUGCUCUGUCCCAGCUCCUGCCAACCUAGCAAUUCGAAAGCACGCCAGCGCAAGUAGAUAAAUAGGUACCACUGCGGCGGGAAGGUAAACAGUGUUUCUGGUUUCUGUCACGGUGUCCCGUUGCACCAGAAGCGGUUUAGUCAUGCUGGCCACAUGACCCGGAAAGCUAUCUGUGAACAAACGCCGGCUCCCUCGGCCUGAAAGCGAGAUGAGCGCCACAACCCCAGAGUUGCCUUUGACUGGACUUAAGCGUCCAGGGGUCCUUUACCUUUUUUACCUAGAGCAAAAUACCCAUUGUCCCUGGCUACCGACCAUGCUGGCCAAGGGGAGUUUUAGCCCUAUAUCUGGAAGAUACAACAUUGGCUAUCCCAGGGCUCCGCAUAGAGAAGCCAGUUAAACUGGCAGCUGAAUCUUACAAAGGGGUAGUACUUCUAGUGGAGAAAACGUCAUGGUCCUUCUGGGUGGUUUGUCCAACUUUGGUCCCCACCGGGCACCCAGCUCUCACCUCCUAGAAGCUGUCAGCAUGUGACAGCAGCCACCCCCCAGGAAUGGGUUCGAUUGGCCGGCUAAACCAGGUGAGGGCAGCUGAUGGGUCUCAACCCCUCAAGAAGAAGAAGAGUUUGGAUUUGAUAUCCCGCUUUAUCACUACCCAGAGGAGUCUCAAAGCGGCUAACAUUCUCCUUUCCCUUCCUCCCCCACAACAAACACUCUGUGACGUGAGUGGGGCUGAGAGACUUCAGAGAAGUGUGACUGGCCCAAGGUCACCCAGCAGCUGCAUGUGGAGGAGCGGGGAAGCAAACUCGGUUCCCCAGAUUACGAGGCUACCGCUCUUAACCACUACACCACACUGGCUCUCAAUGCAUGAUUAGAGACUUCCCGUGCAUGCAGAGAUGUGUAGUGAGCAGACAUGACCAACAGUGUGUCCAGCGGUGAAGAAAGCAUUUUCUGCAUGUGCCGUGGAGGGAAGUGAGGGGCAGAUGGGACUCGUCAACCUGGGAAAGGAGCCCAUCUAGCAAAAGGAAAACGCUGAUCCUAAACCUCCAGUGCCUUGCGGGAGAUCUUCAGGAGAACAAAGUAACCUUACGCAAAUCUGGAGUGGUGUUAUGUACUGAAGUGCUCACCCUGGCCACUGGGGGUAUAUAGUUUUCACUCAGGUUUAUGUCAGUUAAUUUAGGCGGGAAAUCCUGAGGUGUUGUUGUUACAAUGUUGACAGCCAGCUGCCUAUAAAAGCAGGCCGGCUGAGCUGUUCAGUUCAGUUCAGUUCAGUUCCAGCAUACUGAGCUGAAACACUGAGCGAAAUCACUGAACAGAACCCAAUUCAGAGCUUACCGUACUGGCUAGAGCACUGUGUUCCAUCCAUCGCCCUCCACGCCGGCAUCGGAACCAUGGCUUCACUCGUGCCUCUACUGCCAUUUGCCCCAACCUCUGAAUCAUGGGAUUCCUACCUCGCUCGGUUCGCCUGCUUCCUCCAAGCAAACGAGCUGGUGGAAGGGUGAGAGGAGCAUAAGCGGGGCCUACUCCUCAGCCUCUGUGGGCCUGAGGUGUUCAAGACAGCCCAUGUUUUAGCAACUGGCAACAGGACAGCACCCACCAGAACACGCAUGGGUAGCAAGCUAGCUUAGGUAAGGCUGCAAGUGGCGCAUACCAGCCCUGUCCUUUAGGGCCUUGCCGCCAUUUGCUACCGCUCACCUUCUGCCUGAGGCAAGUGGCUCACACUGCCUAAUGGUAGGGCCAACUCCCCAGCACCCUCCCCGUCCAAUGGCAUGGCACCUCUAAACACUGAAGUAUCAUAUAGAUAUCCUGGCUGAUAACCAUCCGAAUUCUUCCAUCUCAGUGCUGGAAUAUCUGAUUUGCGGAUGACGCUGACCUCACAAGAAAUGCACUUCAUUGGGCUCUGGGAAGAAAUUCUAAAGGAAGUUGACACUUUUGCUGUUUAGACGCGGCUAUGACGUCAAGAUAGACUUCACUCCUUACCUGUACCUUCCUUCAGGUGCUAUCAUAAUUCAUAACUUUGUUGUCUCUCUCUCCCCUCCACAGGCUCUGGGCUCGCAAGGGAACCUGUCUGCUGAGGUGGAAGCCCAAACCCGCAAGAAACUGCAGGCGAUGCAGGGGGGACAGGCCCGGGGAAAGGAUCGGGUCCUGCGACAGCUUCUCACCAUUGUUUGGGACGUGCGACCCCAAAUACACCCCAAUUACCGCAUAGCUGCCUAG